CCGUGAGCGACGCUGAAGCCGGUGGCGGCGGGACCAACAAAGAUGGCGGCGGCCCCGGCGGCGGGAGCGACCUGGGCGGCAGCUGCGCCUGAAGUUGCAGCCGGGCCCGCGGGGGUGCUGCACAGGGGUCGGGGGGGGCAGCCCUGAGCUGGGGCCUGGCCCCGGUUGGGCUCCCCCGCCGCACCCCGGGGCACAGGUCCUGCCUGUGGUGACCACAAUGCCCCAGGCCUCUGAGCACCGCCUGGGCCGGACCCGAGAGCCACCUGUCAAUGUCCAGCCCCGAGUGGGAUCCAAACUACCAUUUGCCCCCCGGGCUCGCAGUAAGGAGCGUCGAAACCCAGCCCCUGGGCCAAACCCCAUGUUACGGCCUCUGCCUCCCCGGCCAGGUCCACCUGAGGAACGGCUCAAGAAACUGGAGCUGGGACAAACACGGACCUCAGGCCCUCGUCCCAGAGGCCCCCUUCGGGCAGAUCAUGGAGUUCCCCUGCCUGGCUCACCACCCCCAGCUGUGGCUCUGCCUCUCCCAACCAGGACCAACCUAGCCAGGUCCAAGUCUGUGAGCAGUGGGGACUUGCGUCCAACAGGGAUUGCCUUGGGAGGGCAUCGAGGUGCUGGAGAGCUAGGGGCUGCACUGAGCCGCUUGGCGCUCCGGCCUGAGCCACCCACUUUGAGACGUAGCACCUCUCUCCGCCGCCUAGGGGGCUUUCCUGGGCCCCCCACCUUGCUCAGUAUACGGACAGAGCCCCCUACUUCCCAUGGCACUUUCCGCGUGAUAUCUGCCCGGCCCUCCAAGCCUUUCUACUCCGAUGACAAGAUGGCUCAUCACACACUGCUCCUGGGCUCUGGUCAUGUUGGCCUCCGAAAUCUGGGGAACACGUGCUUCCUGAAUGCUGUGCUGCAGUGUUUGAGCAGCACUCGGCCUCUCCGGGACUUCUGCCUGCGAAGGGACUUCCGGCAAGAGGUGCCUGGAGGGGGCCGAGCCCAAGAGCUCACUGAAGCCUUUGCAGAUGUGAUUGGUGCCCUGUGGCACCCUGACUCUUGUGAAGCUGUAAAUCCUACUCGGUUCCGAGCUGUCUUCCAGAAAUACGUGCCCUCCUUCUCUGGAUACAGCCAGCAGGAUGCCCAGGAGUUCCUGAAGCUCCUCAUGGAGCGGCUACACCUUGAAAUCAACCGACGAGGCCGCCGGGCUCCCCCAAUCCUGGCCAGUAGCCCAGCUCCCUCUCCACCCCACCGUGGAGGGGCUCUGCUAGAAGAGCCUGACUUAAGUGACAAUGACCGGGCCAACCUAAUGUGGAAGCGUUACCUGGAGCGAAGGACACGCAAGAUUGUGGACCUGUUUGUGGGCCAGUUGAAAAGUUGUCUCAAGUGCCAGGCCUGUGGGUAUCGCUCCACGACCUUCGAGGUUUUUUGUGACCUGUCCCUGCCCAUCCCUAAGAAAGGAUUUGCUGGGGGCAAAGUGUCUCUGCGGGACUGCUUCAGCCUGUUCACCAAGGAAGAAGAGCUGGAGUCGGAAAAUGCCCCAGUGUGUGACCGAUGUCAGCAGAAAACACGAAGUACCAAAAAGUUGACAGUACAAAGAUUCCCCCGAAUCCUCGUACUCCAUCUGAAUCGGUUUUCCGCCUCCCGAGGCUCCAUCAAGAAAAGCUCCGUAGGUGUGGACUUCCCGCUGCAGCGCCUGAGCCUGGGGGACUUUGCCAGCGACAAAGCCGGAAGCCCCGUCUACCAGCUGUACGCCCUCUGCAACCACUCGGGCAGCGUCCACUACGGCCACUACACAGCCCUGUGCCCCACUGCCCGCAGCGCCGGCCCAGGGGGCGCAGGGCCGGACCUGGCGCUCCCUCCACCCGCUCCGCACGGGGAAACCGGCCGCCGUCCCUCCGCCGGCGCUGCCGUCCGAGGUUCUCAUUGGCGAGCGUCACCGGCCUUCGGGGCCACCAAUGGGAAGCGGGCUGCUGCGCAGGCGCGACCUCCAGGCCGUGGGGGCGGGGGCGCUGGGGGGCCGCGCCGGGGCGACCCGCGCCGCGCGCGCAGAUAG